UUCUACGUACGCUACAGACCGCCACCGCCAUACCCUCGCUGCCAUACGCGCGCCCUCUCCUUCGUCCUCUUCCAGCACCAGGAGCAACAACCCUUUUCUUUUAGGGCUCUAUUUCCAUUUGCCACAACAAGAGCAGCUCUCUCCUCUUCUUCCUCCUCUCUUUUCUUUCUUGCUUCUAGGGUUUUGGGUUGCCCAGCAAGAAAAGGUUCUGUUUUGCCUUUUGGCUCUCUGUGUCGUUGCCGAGCUCACCGGAGCUAGCCGAGCGAGCAACCCUUUGCCAACAACCCUUUUCCCCUCUGUCCAACCACAGCAAUAAAAUAAAAAGAGCAAACAACAGAACUUCUUCCUAGGGAGUUUCACGGCUGCAUCGUUCCAUGGACUCGAUCCUCUCCGUACUGGUCGAAGAAGUCUGCGCGCGGGCAGCGGCCGGAAUUCCUGUCAGCGAGCUCUGGCCGAGCCUCCGUCCCUCCAUCUCGGCUGCGGGCCUUCCCUUAGGCGAGGCCGUCAAGAAAGCUAUUUGGGUCCGUCUGCUCAGUCACCCUGGGCUUCGGGUUAAAGCUGAUGGCACGGCCCUCAGUUCCCAGGACCCUUUAAUUCAAUCCUUCGAGGGAGCAGAACGUAUUGGCGCGAGGAUAGUCGCGGAGGACCACCUUAGAGAUGCUUUCCUAGGGAUUUAUGAUCUUAAGGCUUCUUCUUCAGAGAUUUCGAAGAUUCAGAGAGCUGCUCUGGAGCGUUUGGCUUCCUCCAGGACUAAAGGAGUCACCCAGAGUGAACUUGGCAAAGAAUUUGGCAUUAAAGGCAACAAUUUAUUUUACAUAGUAAGAAACCUGGAAUCCCAACAGUUGAUCGUGCGACAAUCAACUAUCAUUAGGGCAAAAGAGCUUGGAACUAAAGGGGAGGAUGCCCCAACAAAUACUUCUAUCGUGUCUACCAACUUACUACAUUUAUCCCGUUAUGCAAAAAAUUUCAAUCUAAACUCUCAACAGAGAUUUGAAAUUACAAGGGCUGAUAUUUUGGAAGGUACAGCAAAUUUUGGUUAUGCUUCUGCUGAUUUUUCAAAACAUGAUGUCUCCAUAAAGGAUUACCUACCCGCAAUGCAAGUCAUUUGUGAGAAGCUUGAAGAAGCAUGUGAAAAGGUUCUUGUUGUAUCAGAUAUUAAGAAGUCUCUUGGCUACAGAAAGGGAGCUGGGCAUAGAGCAUGGAGAGCUAUAUUACAAAGGUUGAAGGAAGCUAAUCUUGUGGAAGAAAUUCAAGCAGAGGUGAAUGGUGGGGUCGUUAUUUGCUUGAGGUUACUGAAGAAGUUCCAUUCUAGUGAUUUCCAGCCUAAAAAGGUCAUGCUUUCACAUGAUAGCUUUGACAAAGAAAAUGUGACUAUUGGCGGAAAAAGGGCCCAUAUUACUGAUCAAUUGGUCGAGCUUCCUUUAGAGCAUUGUAUAUAUGAUAUGGUUGAUGCUGAAGGACAAAAAGGAAUAACAAUGCCUGAGGUUUGCCGACGAUUGGGGUUCACAAGUAAGAAGCUGCAUAAACGUUUUGUUUCAAUGCGGGAGAGGUUCAGAUUGUGUUUUCAGGCUGAGAUUCAUGAAAAAGCGGCAACUUAUCGUAUUUGGACAUUUGAGAAUUUUCCCCAACAUUCAUCUGACAGUAUUCCCAGCAAACAAGAAGUACUCGAAGACAAAAAUGUUCAUUUGCUUCAGUUGACGAAUCCAAAUUCAUCUACAUGUCAGCUCACAGAUUCAUACUCCAGUGAGCCUUUGAUCUUAGAUAAAAAAGAUUGUGGGCCUAUUGAAUCAGUGCCUUCCGGACUUGAUCAAGAUGUACAAGAGGUCAAUUGCAGAGUGGACCAGCAAAAUGGUGCCAGUGAACUUGCGCUUGUACCUUAUGAUCCAAAACCUGCAAAUGUUGGGACUAUGCUAGAAAUGCAUACUCUUUGUUCAGAAGAAGGACAUUGUCUUUCAUCUACUUUCUCUAAAGUUAAAUCUAUACAAAGGCCUCGCUGUUUACCAACUUUGACUAGUAGCAGGAGAGAAGAAAGGAUAGUAAAAAAGCUGAAGCUGGAGAAAAUUGUUUUGGUGACUGAGCUAUACAGGUGGUUAGAGGAACUUGAGAAGGGUAAACAUACGAAAAUGUGUAGGAAAACUUUGACUUGCAUCUUGAAUAAACUGCAAAAGCAAGGAUUGUGUAAGUGUAUCAAAGUUAGCAUCCCUAUUGUGACAAAUUUCAAUCGCCAUCGUGUAACCGAAGUAGUUUUGCAUCCUUCAAUUGAAAAUUUGUCACAAGAACUACUAGAAAAAAUCUACCAUAAACAGAGGGACUUUGAUAUGCAGAUCCGUAAACAUGCAUCCUCAAGAUUAAGGAAUGACAAACCCGUGCACAAAUUUGCUAGUUCAAAAAUUACAUCAAAUGUUGAGGAUGGCAAACCUAUUGUCCUAGAGGCUAUGCGUGCCAAUGGAUUUGUUUCUGCUAGGAUGGUGCGAGCAAAGCUGUUGCAUAAAUUUCUGUGGAGCUAUGUCAGUAACUCACCUAGUUGGCAUGAUGCUGCCAAUUCUAAUCACCGUUGGUAUGAUAUGAAGUGUCCUCAGAGCACAUGUCACAUAUUUUUGCUUUAUGAAGCUGUGAAAGUGAUGCCACUUGAACUGUUCUUGCAAGUUGUAGGAUCUCCUAAGGAGAUUGAAAACAUGGUUGAAAAUUGCAAACUUGGUUUAAGGCUUUCAGAUAUACCCUUAUCUGAGUACAAGAACUUGGUUGAUGAUGAUGCAACAAAGCGACUGUCAGGGAUUAUUAAUAUACUGAUUCGUAUGAAGUUGUUACAACUAGUGAGAGAGGGGCUUAAUGAAGAGGACAAUCCUGUUCUUACUUAUGCAAUAGAGCUGAAACCAUAUAUUGAAGAACCAAUGACACAGACGCUAACACCUUCGCAUGUUAAGGUUGACUUUUGCCCUAGGAUACGGCAUGACUUUGUUCUUUUGAAGCUUGAGGCUGUUGAUGUAUAUUGGGAUACCUUAGAGUAUUGCUUUGCAGCAGCAAAUAAAGAAGCGGCUCGUCAUGCAUUUCCAGGUUCUUCUGUCCAUGAGGCUUUUCAAACCCGUUCGUGGACUUCACUUCGAGUGAUGACUGCAGAGCAACGGACGGAGCUUCUGAAUCGUCUAAACACUGUUGAUUCAAAGAAGAAAAUAUCCUUCAAAGAAUGUAUUAGGAUAGCUAGGGAGUUAAAUCUCACAGUAGAACAGGUACUUCGAUUUUCAUAUGACAAGCGUCAAUCCCGUCCUAAGAGAUAUUCUCGUAGUUUAAAGUCCACAGAGCAUGCAAAACAUAUUGAUAAGUACAAUUCUGAACUGUUUGGUAGGAAGAGGAAGAGAUCUUCUACAGAUGCAAAUGAAAAUCACCUUUCAGAUUCUAGAGAUCAUGAAAAUGGUAGAAAUCUUGCUAUUCUCAGUAUUGUUCAUGCUAAAAGAUUCUUCUGGAAUGAUAGAUUGGACAGUCAGCUAGUGAUACAAUAUGCAAGACAGAGGGCAAUCCUUGGAACUAGAUUUUAUCGAGUUGAUUGGAGGUCUCUUUCUGGCCUUCCAGCUCUCCCUCUCACCUGUGGUAGAAGAAUGGCUUUGUUGAAUAGUAAUAGCAAUGUCAGAAGAGCAGUAAUGAGAUUAUGCAACCUCCUAGGUGUACGCUAUGUUAGGUAUCUGGAGAAAGCACGCAUGGAGAAGGAACCUCUCUCUCAAAACUUUUCACGUAAUCAUGACAGUGGUUCACAACAGAGUUUACCUCAAUACUUCUGGGAUAACUCUGAAGAUCCUGAUGUGAGGACUGCUGUUGAUGAAGUUCUUCAAUACAAAAGGUUAGCAAAGUUUCAGAAUGUUAAGAGACUUGAACACAAGCAUCGAAAAGAAUGGCCAGACAUUUCUCCAACUGAUGCCACAAGUUCAUGCAUCCAAAAAUUGCCUGCAUCCACUGAACACGAAACUGUUUCCAAAUGUGAUGGAAAUAAAUCUCUGAAUCAUAUAUCUAGGCACCAAAAAGUAAAUGUUGUAUCUACUAGUCCAAACAGGUCAAGCUCCCGACAUUCUCAUGGAAACAUUGCAAAGAUUCUGAAUAGCAGGUAUAUCAUGAUGAAGAGGAAAGUAUGUGAGUCAUUGGCAGUUUCAAAUGCUGUCGAACUUCUUAAGCUUGUCUUCCUUAAUACGUCUGCAUCACCUGAAGCACAAAGCUCUUUAAGAGCAACUCUACAGCUUUACUCCGAGCAUGAAAUAUUUGCUGCAUUUAACUUUCUGAAAGAAAAGAACUUCCUUGUUGUUGGUCACGGAACACAACCGUUUGUCCUUUCCAAGAAGUUCUGGCAUCAUGCUUCUUCUUCUCCUUUCCCUGUCGAUUCAGGUAAGAGGUCUGAUGAAUUUUCCGGUUGGCUUGACAAGCACGAUAAAGAUUUAAUGGAGGAUGGAGUUAGUCUGGGUAGGGAUUUACAAUGUGGGGAAUUUUAUCAUCUAUUUGCUCUUGUUUCAUCUGGAGAAUUUUCUGUUUCACCUUGCUUGCCAAAAAAAGGGAUUGGAGAAGUUGAUGACACAGUGGAACAAGAAAUGCUUGAUGAUUUAGGUAACCUAAAACGAAAAAAUGAUGAAGCUGAUUUAAGUGAUUUCAAAAUAGUUAAAAAGCCCAGGUUAGUAAUGAUGAUUGAUAAUGAUUAUUACUCUCGUCGAGAAAAAGGUUUUCCAGGAAUUAAGGUUGUUAUCACACGUAAAAUUAUUUCUCAAGCUGGUACAUUUAUGGUCCCUGAAGAACACAAAAACCAUGAAUACUCUGUAUCAUAUGACAUGAACAAUCAGGGAUUGCCAUGUGGAACCAGUGACAUUGCCUUGUCAAACAGUUUUGAGAGUUUAGAAAGUAAAGAAACAGUCCCGGACAAAUUACCAUGGGAUGCCCUAAUCAGUUAUGCUGAAUGUUUAUCUGGACCUUAUGUAACCAAUGACUUGACUAAGUUCUCAGCUGAGAUAUUUGAAGCUGUGCAUUCUGCUGUUUGCAAAGCUGGUGAAGAGGGAUUGAACAUGGAGGAAAUUUCUGAAGCCAUGAAUGUAGAAGUCAGACAAUAUACAGAAAUCAUUGUGGAUACACUUGAAGCGUUUCAACUAGUCAUUAAGGUUAAUUCAUAUGACAAUGUUCGAGUUCUUGAUUCUUCAUACAAAUGCAAGUACUUUCUACAGUCUCCUGGAGUCCAGCAUGCAUAUAAAAAAAUUCCAUGUUGCAAGGAUCCUGUAGAAACACAUGAAGCAUCUAGGGACAAUUUUCCACGGAGACCAGAUAUUAAUAAUCACGAGCCUAGUGAAUAUCUAUCUGAUGGGCAUAAAGCGUCUUUUGUUGAUUUGCCUAGUGAGACCAUUGUGCUGGAUGUGGAAAAGGAGUAUGUUAAAUUUGGCCUCACUCUUCCUGAAGAAAAUACACAGGUCUCUGAUUCUAAGCCAAAGAAAGAUAUUGAGGAUGGGAAUUGUUCUACUGCUUCCUGUCGUCCGAUAUUACCAUGGAUAAAUGGUGAUGGAAGUAUAAAUACCAUAGUUCUCAAGGGUCUUACACGUCGUCUUCUGGGAACCAUAAUGCAAAAUCCCGGCAUCUUGGAGGAGGAGAUCAUUCAGCGAAUGGAUGUAUUAAACCCUCAGAGUUGCAGAAAACUUCUGGAAUUGAUGAUUCUAGAUAAUCAUCUUACUAUGCGGAGGUUGCCACAGACAUCAUCCUCAACGCCGCCCACCCUAUUGCGAAAGUUAUUGGGACCCAAUUUAACCAAAGUGCAGCCAGUUUUUAGAAAACAUUUCUUUGCAAAUCCUUUGAGUUCCUCCCUCUUUUAAGUUGGCAACAUUUUAUCCUUGCCGUGAAGUUGUGACAUGUAGGUUAGUUUUACGCAUCCUGCGAAAUGUAAAUAUAUUUUGCUCCCCUGCAACAGUGGAGAAAGAUUAAUCUAUUCGUCGGGCAAAUUACUUAUGUUUUCUUAGUAGCUACUUUGUGAUAGUUUUUUUUUUUUUUUUGGUCUUAUUCCUGCCCGAAUGUGAUUGUAUAUGUAUUCAAAUACUCUGGAAUCUUAUGUUAAUGUUUUCUUCCAGAA